AUGAAUGUCCUGGCAAAUACUCUCAAAAGCAUCAACAAUGCAGAAAAAUGCCAGGUUCUCAUUAGGUCGUGCUCUAAAGUAAUCCUCAGGUUCUUAACUGUGAUGAUGAAGCACGGUUACAUUGGUGAAUUUGAGAUCAUUGAUGAUCACAGAGCAGGAAAAAUUGUUGUGAACCUCACAGGCAGAUUAAACAAAUGUGGUGUAAUCAGCCCCAGAUUUGAUGUUCAAUUGAAAGAUGUGGAAAGGUGGCAGAAUAAUCCCUACCAUCCCAUCAGUUUUGGGUUUAUUGUGCUUACAACCGCAGAUGGCAUCAUGGACCAUGAGGAAGCAAAAUGAAAACACACAGGAGGAAAAAUCCUGGGAUUCUUUUUCUAAAGGUGUAAAACAUACAUACAAAUAAAAUGCUCCAAUGGACCGUGAAAAAAAAAAGUUUAUAGAGGAUAGUGAAAGGUUAAUGAGCAAUAAACAUUUCAAAGAGAUGGGGAUAAAAACAAGUUUACAGAAAGGAUGAAAAGAGAUCCAAUGUCAGAUCAAAACCAGGGUACUUUAGGAUGAAACUAGAAGGAUAACAGAUAGAUGAAAAAUGGAAGAGAUAUUAUCAUAAGGAUUUUGUAAAUUCUCCCUUAUUACCCCCUUCUCCCCAAAUUAGUAACAGCUGAACUAUGAUCUUGGCACUGAUAUACCAAA